GUUUGAUUGUAGUUGAACAAUUUUAAAAAUUUAAAAUGGACAUAGAUCAAAAAAUUCAUCAGUGGGUUUGUGAUAUUUUUAAACACGAAAAUUUUAAAGACAUUAAGGUAACAAUAACGGGUUCUUCAGAAAAAGGUGACGGAUAUGUUGGUGAUAUAACUUUUAUCACAGCAAAUAUAGUUACUAGUGAAGGCGAAACAAAGGAUCUGGAAUUGGUUAUAAAACAUGGUAAAUUGAACGAUAUUCUUCGUAAAGUGAUGCCAGUUAGAGCGGCAUUUGAAAGAGAAAUUUAUUUGUAUGCAAAAAUAAUACCGCAACUUCAAAAAUUCCUGGAUGAAAAAAACGUGGAAUUAUCCAGUCAAUUUCUUCCCAAAUGUUACGGCACCCUAUUAUACGACAAUGAAGAAGUUAUUAUUUUAGAAAAUUUAAAAGCACAAAACUAUGAUUUGUACAAUAGAUAUCAACCUUUGAAUAUGGACCAUUUAAAAUUAACUCUUGCAAUAUACGGAAAAUGGCACGCUCUGAGUUUUGCUUAUCAAGAUCAGAAUCCUGAGGAGGCUAACAAACUAUUUGGAAAUUUACAAGACCUAAUGGUGACCUUGCUCAAAGCAAUUGAUAACUAUAUGACUGAUAUACAAGAAGUGUUUCACACAAUCUUGCAGGAAAAAAACGAAGUGGAGCUUAUUGAAGGCAUCAAAAAACAAAUUCCCGAUUUUCAUACAACUUUUUGCCAGUUAUCAUCGGAAUUGGAAAAUGAAAAAUGCGUUUUUCUACAUGGAGAUUGUUGGAAUAACAAUUUUAUGUUUCAAUAUGAUGCCAACAAAUCUAAACCAGAAGCUGUUAAGUUUCUAGACUUUCAAAUAUCCAAUUUCAGGCCACCAGUAUUUGACUUAGCCUACCAUAUCUAUUCCGUGACAUCGGAAAAAGAAUUACAGCAUUUUGAUGAAUUAUUGAAAAUCUAUCACGAUUCCUUGUCGAAAACUUUAAAAGAUUUGGGAAGUGACACAGAUUCAAUAUAUUCAUAUGAAGAUUUGAAACAGCAAUGGAAGAAAUUUUCUUCAUAUGGAGUUAUGAUGGCAUCGAUAGUUUUACCAUUAGCUUUGUCAUCGAAAGAAGAUACGUUGGAUAUUGGAGAUAUGAAGGAGGGCUCUCAGACAAUAAAAACGGCUAAGAGAACUUUGUUAACAAAUGGCGAUAAGUUGACUUCAAGAACCAUUGCAUUUACGAAACAUUAUUUAGAUUUUCUUAAUAAAUGA